CCUCUCACAUCCGGCUCUGAUUUGUCUCUCUUGGCCUCUGUUGCUGUCUGUCUGUCUGGUCACUGUGUCCCUCCUGUUUCUGCCUGAUUCUUUGCACCCUCUUUCCUCCCUUGGCUAUUUUAUAUUCUUGUCUGCUUCUGUUUUAUGGCUUUCUCCCUCCUUUGUGUGUCAGCCCUCCGUGUGUCCCAACGUCUGGGCUUUGCCGCUUACCUUCUUCCUGCCUUGAUCUCUGCUGACCCAACAGGUCUCACCACUUCCCCGACCAGAGGGCGGCUCCACUGCUACGCCUGCAGCUUUGCCAAGCCCUGCUACCCUGUUCCCACGGAGUGCCGGGAGGACGAGGUGUGCGGCGUCAGUGUCGGCACCUCAGAGCAAAAGGAGGAGGAGGUCAUUGAGCGGAAAGGCUGCCUCCCGAGAGCCCAGUGCCCUCUGCUGGGCCGUGCGACCUACUGGUCACGGUCCUACGCUCUCCGGCACCAGUGCUGUGAGCAGGAUCUAUGCAACGCCGCUGCCUCCCAGCGACCCCCCAGCCUUCCCCUCGUGACUCUGCUACCCCUCGCAGCCAUGAUGGGCUGGGGAGCACACGUCUUCCUCUAGCCCGUGCGUCCACGAUUGUCCACCCAGGACUCCAAUGUCACCGUGGACGUGAAAACACCUGCACAGAUGCUUUUCAGACAUGUUCACGAGCGUGACUUUGUAUAAAAACCUCAGUCACCAAACCCAGUACCUCUACAGACCCGGUUCCUACAGCCAGGAGUUCGGCUUCCUGCAUGCAAAUGUCUGUAACCUGACCUCCUUGUUAAGAGACCCCUGCUGUCUUUAACCUAGACGUCCCAGGUCACCUACCCUGAUUGAGCUGUGGGGUCCCAGGCAAAGGGACAGAAGUGUCACUGGGGCUGGUGAGAAAUGGAGUAUUGCUAAGGGACAUGUAACUUGGUACCUGAGGGUCUCAAAAACAGAGGGCUACUUUGGGGAACUGUAAAGAGUGUAUUUAAUAUAAGGGCUAUUGGGUAGAGAUAUAGCUCAAUGACAGAGUGCUUGCCUACCAUACACAGGCCCUGGGUUCAAUCCCCUACACCAUAAAUAAAUAAAUAAAUAAAUAAGAUGUAAAAAUAGAAAGAGAUGUCUGUGAACCUGGUAACUGUGCAUGUAAUAGUGUUGGUGAAACACACAAGGGCACACUUGUGGUGGUGGUGAAACUCACGAGGGCACACUUGUGGUGGUGGUGGUGAAACUCACAAGGGUGCACUUGUAUUAGUGUUGGUAAAACACAGAAGGGGCUGGAAAGAUGGCCCAGUGGUUAAGAGCACUGACUGCUCUUCCCAAGGUACUAAGUUCAAAUUCCAGCAAUCACAUGGUAGCUCACAACCAUCUGUAAUGAGAUCUGAUGCCCUCUUCUGGAGUGUCUGAAGACAGCUACAGUGUA